AGGGUUAUAUAAAUACGGCGGAGGAGGAGGAGUCGUCGAAGAGGGUUUUGGCUGCCGAGAGGAGAUAUAAGACGAGUGCGGCCCCCUUUUCGCUUUCCCCUUGCGUCGGAGAAGAGGAGGGAGUAACGAGAGCCCGGUGCUCGUCGAGUACGAGAGUCGGAAGGGAACGACAAUAUGAGUGGCGCCGGUGGCGGAGGGAACAGGGGGAGCGUGGCGGCCCCGAUCCCGACGGGGUCGAGGAAGCUGGUGCAGAGCCUGAAGGAGAUCGUCAACUGCCCGGAGGCGGAGAUCUACUCCAUGCUCCGGGAGUGCAACAUGGACCCCAACGAGGCCGUCCACCGGCUACUCUCCCAGGAUACUUUUCAUGAGGUGAAGAGCAAGCGUGACAAGAAAAAGGAGAUCAGAGAACCUCCAGAAUCCAGAUCUCGAACUGUGAACAACAGCUCAGGUCGUGGGGCUAGAGGUGGCCUUGACCGUGGGGGUCGCAGCACUUCUUCCCAAUCCAGCUCUAUUGACUAUGGUGCUGGUAAGAGUAAAUCUUUACACAAGAAAGAAAAUGGUGCAAGUUCUGUUCCUAACUCAUCAGUUGUGGAAUCUUCCGUGCUAUCAAGUUCUCCUACUCAAAGGCCAACAACUUUAAGCAAGUCUACUCCUAUGGGAAAUACAAUACAGGCCACAACCUUUGGUGAUGGAAUUUCUAUGCCCAUGCAACCUUCAUCUGGCUUCCAAAACAGUUGGUUAGGGAAGCCAGGGCAUGUUUCUAUGGCUGAUAUUGUAAAGAUGGGUAGAUCUCAGGGCAAACCUAUUGGCAUGCCUUCUGUGGCAAGUGAAGGGUCUGACAUGGCACAAAAUGCAGUGAUGUUGAACAUGUCACACCACAAUGGCAAACAAUCUCCAACCACAGUGCCAUUAGAAUCAGAUAAAAGAUCAGAUUCUUUUCAAGAAUCUAUACAUGUUUCAGAGAUUAGUCAUGAUUUUGGAAUUUCUGAAGAUCAGCUUAAUUCUGAUGAUGGAUGGUUCCUGAUUAAUAAGCAGCCUAUGAAUAGUGUGUCAACUACAUCAGAAGUUUCUGAUGCUUGUGCUGCUUAUGGAAACCCAUUAGAAUCGGCAUCUUCUAAUUUGGUUGUUGAUGGAACUAACCUGCACAUAGAUCCUCAUUUGGAAGAGAUCCAAGAUCUAGAGAAAAGUCAUAAUGUUAAAAAUCCGCCAGCAGAAUCCAGAUCGACAUCUGUAUCUGAUCGGCAGAUACAAGUAGACACUUCCAAAGAUGCUUCCCAUUUGAUAGAGGACUUAUUAAAAAGUACUAAUUCCUAUCAGUCUCAAAUGCUUGAGCUUGAUCAUCAGGAAGGUUCUUUUCCAGCUGAGGAUGUCUUGGAACUUUCAUCAGCUACUGCAGACCUGAGACAACUAAGUUUACAUGAGGAGACAAGCACAAAAUCUAUUGAAGCUAGCUCUGCAGUGAUUAUCCCUAACCAUCUGCGGGUUACAAAUGCAGAUUGUGCACAUCUGAGCUUCGGUAGUUUUGGAUCUGGUGCAUUUUCUGGAUCUUUUCCGUCAAAGCAACUAAAAAGCAACUUGGAAGUGCUUCCUGUCACUGAUGAUGCUUCUAGAAUAGAUGAUCCGGAUACAAGAAAUCAUGAGUAUGAUAACAAUGGGCAGCUUGAGCCUACACUGACUGAGAAUGUAGUUUCUAGAUCUGGUAGUGGUUCAGAGAAUCUAGAUGUGCCUUUGGUUUCACAACCUGAGGUGGUGAGAAAUGAUCCAUUGGAUACUGCACAUGUACUUCAGUACAACUUUCCAUCUGCUUCUGAUUAUGCACUAUCGAGUGCGGCACAGCCAAAUGCUGCAGCUUUCUCCUUUCCACAAGGAAAUACACAAGUGCAAACUCUUUCACCUUUCUCAAGUUUAAUGCAACCUAAUACUCUACAAAACAGUAUUUUAGCAUCAAGCAUUCCACAUCUUCGCGAUUUCGACCUUCCCUUGUCUCCCUUGCUUACCACCCAAGCAAUGCCUACGAGGUAUAGCACGACAGUGUCAUCCAUUAGCAGACCAACCAUUUCCACACCUGAGGCUUUGAACCCAGGAGUGUUUUCCAACCCACAAUCAACUCCACAAUUACCUAGCACUACCAUGCUCACGAGUCCUGCACUCCCUCAGCAUCUUCCCGUACACCAUUACUCUCAGCCUGCUCUUCCAUUAGGCCAUUUCGCCAAUAUGAUAAGCUACCCAUUUCUACCUCAUAGCUACACCUACUUGCCUUCCAUCCAACAAGCAUUCGCUGCAAACAGUCCAUUCCAUCAAUCACCUGCUGCAGUGCCCAGUGUAGGCAUGAAGUAUUCACAACCACAAUUUAAAAGUAGCUUAUCUGCGACCAGCUUACCUCAGGCUUCUGCCAUAGCCUCUGCUUACGGAGGACUUGGAAGCUCAGCUAACAUUCCUGGAGCUUUCAUCCUUAACCAUACAACCGCAUCGGCUAGCACAACGAUUGGGUUCGAUGAAGCUUUGAGCUUGCAGUACAAAGAAGGAAGUCACUACAUGCCUCUUCAGCAGAGUGAGAACCCUGCCAUGUGGAUUCACGGUGCGGGUUCGAGGACAAUGUCGGCACUUCCAGCAAGCACAUUCUACAACUAUCCAGGUCAGAACCAGCACAGUGGAAUUCGUCCGAGUCAGCAGACAUCGCAGCUUGGGGCAUUGGGCUACCCAAACUUGUACCACUCACAGGCAGGGCCAUCACGAGAACAUCAGCAAAAUCCAGGCGAAGGGAACUUGAAUGGUUCCCAGACACCGUCUCAGCCAGCAAACCAAAUCUGGCAACAUGGCUACUGAGCCAUUGCUGAUGACUCCCAGUGUUUUUUAUUCCUGGUGUUGAAGGAGCAGCCGCUGCAAGUCUUCAUUCCUUGGAUCACAUAUAUACGCUACGCUAGUUGGAGCAUUCAAGACUGAUCAAACUACAUACAUAGCAGCGGCUUCUAAUCGUAUCGCGUGAGGGAGGGUCAUGUAUGGUAGGUUUCCCAGUGUGUUUUUAACUUGUAGUAACACUGACAUGGCUUUAUCGAUUUAGACCGUAUUUAUUCUGAUAAAGAGCAUUCACCAGAGACCUUCCUGUAACACUUGAUCUUAGUUUUAACAUAAACGAUCACUUGAUUUCAA